AUGUCUGAGGAACCGCGUCGAUCGGGCCGUGCGACGAAAGGCCAACACACCAAAAACCACGAUUCGGAAACCCCCGCUCCCGCCACCAAGCGACGAGGCAGCAAGAAAUCCGCGAAAGCGUCGCAAGAACCCGAGGAUGCGGAGCCCGAAGAAGAGGAACAGGACGCGAUCGUGCGCUGCGUGUGUGGCGCGACCGACGAUGAAGGCGGCUACACGAUGAUCUGCUGCGACAAUUGCGAGGCAUGGCAGCACAAUUCCUGUAUGGGCCUGCCGGAAGACCAAAGUCUUUGUCCGGAUACGUAUUACUGCGAGCAAUGCCGUCCCGACGAUCACAAGGAGCUCCUCGAUCUCAUGGCUCGUGGGGAGCGGAUCAUUCCGCCGGCCGAGCGGAAGAAAGGGAAACGCAGGUCGCGAGGAGGGAGGAAGGGGAAGGAUGACUCGCAAGCCCCGAGUGAAGUCGAGUCGCCUUCUGUGAACAAGUCGCAGACGGCCAAGGCGGUUGCGGAUGUUGCGCCGAAGCGGAAACCUGGCGUGGUCGAUAGUCCCGUACAAUCUGCAGUGCGUACCAACCAAGUUAUCUCCAACCAGCCCAUAGACUCAUCGGGUUCGCAGCCUCCCACGGCAGUGCCGGCGGACACCAAGACCGCUGUCCAGGACAAAAAAUCUCCCAUUCAGGCGAAGCGCCGUGCCUCUGCCCUCAAUGCCGCGGAGAAUGGCACCAGCAAACGGCGAAAGUCCGCAGUCGAAGUAACCGAGUCCGCGGAUCCAAACAACGUACCAGUCGCGAGCGGUCUCGAUAAACUGAGCGACGAGCGGAAGAAGGUGGCUUCAGUUCUCCAUCGGGACCUUUCGGAUCUCAUCCGCAAAGCUUCCAAGGACGGCUACCGCAUUCCCGACGGCGAGACGGCCGAUAGCGUUGGUGAACGGUUUGCCGUGGAAAUCGAGUAUGCUCUCUACGGCAAGAAAUUGCAAGGCCAAGAUACGUUCUACGGCGAGCAGUUCCGCUCCAUCCGGUUCAAUAUCAAGAAGAAUCACACCCUGUUUCAGCGGUUACUACAAGGAGAGAUGAGCCCCAUGGAACUGGCGGACAUGUCGUCGGAUGACAUGGCCAGCGAGGACUUGCAGAAAGAGAUGCGGGCGAUGAAAGACGAGGCUGAUAAGCAGGCCACUUUGGUUCAAGACGAUCGCCCGAGGAUCCGCAAGACCCACAAAGGUGAAGAGAUCAUUGAAGAUGACAACGCGGACCGCGGUGACGAAACACUUCCGCCGUCAGCUCCAGUGCGAAGACGACCAGACGAGGAUCAGGAUAUGAAGGAUAUCAGCGAUGACCAUGACGACGCCUCCAAUACCGUAGAACUGCCUGAUGAUGCUGUUCAACCUCAGCUCGCGGCUCUCCAGACUGCUCCAGGUCCACAGGAUACCCCUCCUUCUGCCCACCGGUCGUCGUUCGAUGUCGGGGCGGUCUGGUCGUCAGUGCACUCUCCCAAGCAAGGGCAAGGCCAAUUUCGCAAGCAAUCUGUUCAACGACCAUCGAAGACACCCGGGCAAGAACCCACUCCUACCAGCCAAGUCGAGGACCCCGAUGUGGACCGCCUACUCAAGGACGAUGAGGGCGAAGAGUCCGGUUUCGACGAGGUAGCCGCGAUCGCGACGAGAGACCCAUCUGUCGCGUUCUUCCGAGAGUUCAAGCAUGGCACUGAUGUCAAGUUCUUCGGCCUCGCACGCCACGUCGCCGGCGCGAACGUGCUGCAGAUGUUCCCGGAGAAGGACAUCGUCCCCGCCCCGGUUUCCAUCGUCGGCCGCAUGGGCGUCAAAGACGGCGACGACUACUUCUACCACCUCUCCUCCUCCCACACCACCGACAUCUCCAUCUACAGCCUCGCCCCCGGUCCCCGCGACACCGAUCGCCACUGGUACGACUACGUCUUCCGCUACUUCACCGACCGCCACCGCUGGGGCGUCGUCGCCGAUGACUCCUUCCACCCCCCCGUCAACGACAUGUACCUCAUCCCCCUCCCCGCCGGCCCCGCCCCCCUUCCCCGCCUCUUCCAAACCCUCAACCUCAACCGCCUCCCCUCCCCCCGCCCCGAACCCACCCUUCUCCUCGCCAUCGCUGUCCACACCGCCAAACCCCUCGGCCUGCCCCCAGGCGACCCAGCCCUCCUCGCCCCCGUCACCGACUCCUCCUACCCCCCCGGCACCGGCACCUUCGCCCCCGGCGACGUACCCGCGCCCGCGCACCCCGCGUUCCCCCCGCUGGCCGCGGAGAUCCUGGCGCCGUUCCUCGAUGCGCCGGUCGUGAGGCAGCUGGCGCCGAAGUUGCAUGAGAUGGCGCGCGAGCAGCUGAUGAAUCUGCGGCAUGUGCUGGAGCAACGGCCGGAUUUGCGGGAGGAUAUGGUGGUGUUGACGAAUUAUAUUAAGAGUGCGAAUGCGGGGAGCGCGUAG